AUGGGCUGCAUCGAGUUGGAGGUUGCGGGCUUCUUUUGGCAUUUGUUUACUGGUGGGAUUCUUUCCGUGCCGAGGCUGGACAGACUGCUGGUCGACAAGUUCUCUGAGGAUGCCUUGCACGACAAGUCCAAGAUCAGGUACAAGGAGAAAAUCAAAGCCAAGGACGCAAAAAUCAGCUCCCUGGAGACGGCCCUGGAGCGACUGAGGGAGAAGGCUCGCCACAUGGAGGGCUCCAUGCGCCAGGAUGCACAGCAGCUCGCCAUCGAUGUCGCGGUCCUUUCGACGGAGCUACACCACGCCCAGGCGGGCUCGAUGCCAGAGGAGAAUCUCGGCCUUCGGGGGCAGCUUGCGCAGGCCCUUGCUUCCGCCGACGAGAUGAAGAGGCCGGCCGCAGCCCCGCUGGGUAGACUGAGACGAAUGUCUACAGUGGGUGUCAUCUUGGGGCUACAAGAGGAAUAA